AUGAAGUUCUCCAGCGCCGCUCUGCUUGCUCUUGGCCUUCUGGCCGGCAACGUCGUUUCUGCCCCCACCCUCCAAACCAGCGACGUCGCCCUUCCGAUCGAAGUCCGAGCCGAAGACUUCGCGGCAAACGAUGCCGCCCACCUCGAGGCCCGAGCAAGGAAGAAGAAGGGCAACGCUCAGGUCAAUGCUGCGGCCGCCAAGGGCAAGGGUGCCGCCGGCAAGGGAAAGGCCAACGCCAACGCCGCCGCCGCUGCGAAGAAGAAGAAGAACAACAACGGCGGAGCUGCUGCCGCUGCCAAGAAGAAGAACAACAACAACGCCGCUGCGAAGAAGAACAACAACAACAACGCGGCGAAGAAGAACAAUAACAACAACGCUGCUAAGAAGAACAACAACAAUAACAACGCCAAGAAGAACAACAACAACAACAACAACAACAACAAUGCCAACGCAGGAAAGGGCAAGGGCAAGUCUCAAGCGGAAUUCAACGGUCUGGCAUGCACUGAUGGCAAGGGUGCUGGUUCUUGCAACGCCAAUGGACAAUGCGCCGUCAACGGAAAGACCACGGCAAUUGCUGGCCAGUGCGGCGUCGCGGCCAAGAAGGCCAACAAGCGUUUCGUCUCAGAUUUCGCUCAUGUUAUCUAG